ACCCUGCCUAAUCCUGCCAUCUGUCAGAGAGCAGCUAACCAGCCAAGACUCUCCCUGCUAGGCUAAUUAGAAAGCCAGAAGAACGCCAGAGAGGAAACAUCACAAAAACACACUUUUGUGUCUGGUAGUGCUGAAGGAGAAGUGACAAUGGAGGAGACGUACCUUCUCAACCAUCCAGGAGUCAAGAAGAAGAUUCUGGCAGGAGGAAGUGGACCGCUGCCUCACUUUCCACCUGGGACAAAGAUAGUUUUCCAUUUCCAGACGCUGUUGGACGACUUUGAGCGAACUGUCAUUGAUGACAGUCGCCUGGCGGGACGACCAGCUGAGAUCUUUGUGGAUAAGAUGUUCAAGAUGGAAGUCUGGGAGACGCUGCUGAGGUCCAUGAGGAUUGGAGAGGUGGCCGAGUUCUGGUGUGAUGCCGUUCACACAGGCUUGUACCCCAUCGUAUCCAAGGGAAUGAGGCUGAUCGCUCAAGGGAAAGACCCCCUCGAGGGCCAGAGACACAUGUGCGGUAUGGGGAACAUGUUCAACUAUCACUCCACUGGUUUCCCAGAGCUGGAUGAGCUAAUGAGAACUCCUCAACCACUUAUAUUCAUCAUGGAGCUGCUGCAGGUGGGAGACCCCAUGUCCUACCAAAGGGAGUCUUGGAUGAUGGAAAAGGAUGAGAAGCUGCAGUCAGUGCCAAUUCUCCACAUGCAGGGCAACGCUCUGGUCAAGCAGAGACGGUUCGAGGAGGCUGCCAGCAAGUACAAAGAGGCCGUCCUGCUGCUGAAAACAGUCCAGUCCAAAGAGAUGCCGAGUGAUAUAGACUACAUUAAUUUGGGUAGAAUGAUCAUCCCGCUGGAGUUGAACUACUGCCAGUGUAUGAUGGAGCUGGAGGAGUAUUAUGAAGUUAUAGAGCACACUGACGAACUGCUGGAGAAACACAAAGACUGUGUGAAGGGCUACUACAAGAGAGCCAAGGCCCACGCUGCUGUGUGGAAUGAAAAGGAAGCCAGGAGAGACUUCAACAUGGUGGUUCGCCUGGACGUCACUCUGGCCUCUCUGGUGAACCGAGAGCUGAAGGCCCUGUCAGAGAGCAUGAAGGAGAAGUACUGGGAGGAGAAGGAGCAAUACUGGAACAUGCUGGAGAAAAACAACGAUGCAGAGGACAAAGGGAAACAAGACGACAGUGACAGUGUGACCGCAGAGGCGACAGAUGAAGUGGAGGAAGGACAAGGUGAAGAUGAAUCUCCAUCCGUUCUCCGUGCUGAAGCCCAUAAAGAAGAGCUCAAGGGAAAUAAGCUUACACCAACUGAGGGAGCAGAUAACGAAGAGGAAGCGAGCUCUUCUGAGAACGACCCAAACGCUGCCAAUAAAAAAGAAGAAAAGGACUGGCAGCAGAUGUUACGACUGGUCAUGUUCCUACAGAAAGAAGGAAACUUCCUCAUGAAAGAAAACGACUUUCAAGAGGCUUCUGUGAAGUUCGAGGAGGCCAUAAAGUACGUGGACGUCCUUCAGAACAUGCAGGUGGAUCAACAGGGCGAGGACUGGGAGUCACUGGAGAAAGUGCGUCUUCCGCUGUCACUCAACCUCAGCCAGUGCAUGCUGGAGCUGAAAAAUUUCCAGCAAGUGGUGGAUCUCAACAACAAGCUGCUGAAGAGGCAUAAAGGUAACUUUAAGGCAGUAUAUCAGAGAGCACGAGCACAUGCUGCUCUGUGCAACGAGAAAGAAGCUCGGAAAGACCUUGAGAUGGUGGAGAAACUGGAUCCAACAUUCAAACCCUUCGUCAGGCAGGAGCUGAAAAAAAUGGGUGAGGGUGUACGCACCAUGCUUGUCCGCGAGCACAAGACUUACCAGGAUACAACACAAGAGAAGUGGGGGCCUGGUGGGAGCAUGACAAAGGGUGCACCAAGAAAGAAGAAUGUCAAAUGUGCACAGAAAACCACUGAAGAAAGAGCUGAAGCACAUAAGAAGACAGAAGACAGUAAAAGAGAAGACGAGCAGACCUCUCUGAAACCCGCCCCUGCUCAAGAAGAGGGAGGGGAUGACGCAGGAACAGAGGAAGAUCCAGAUGUGAAAGCUGAGCAGAGUAAUAAAGAGCCAGAGAGUGGGAGAGCUAGUGGAGAAGGGUUAGAUAAUGAAAAUAUAGAGUGUGUCGUGGUUCAUGAGGACAGCCAGGGUGCACCAGAUAAUCGAGCGACAGAUGAAGAUAGCGAUCCCGCGGCCACCACCACGGGCAAAAGAUAA